AUGGCAAAGUUCUUGGACCGUCGGGCUAUGUCACCCCCGAUGACUUACCUGGGACGUCUACAACUCUGCUUGAGCGACUGCAAAGUGACCAGCACAUACAACGCUUUGGUAGCUCUCUUAUCGUCAAAACAAUCAGAUGAGGAUAUCCAAUCUGAGCUCGUGGAGAUUUUGGGUUUUGAAGGGGACGGGUUAUCCCUAGUGGAGGAAAUACUGAAACCUGGUGUUCGUGAAAGUUUGAAAGACAAAACUAAUGGCCGAUCUGGACCGACGUAUAAUCCAACGACAAGGAUGACCCUCAGUGCACAACCCAGAGGGAAAAAAGAAAAGAAGAAACAUGUGGACAUAUCUGAUAUUGUUGGAUCUGCGGCAGAUAUCGAGAGGAGGUUACAGGAACAAUUAGAGAAACCUAAACCUAUGUUCUCUGAUGGACCUGCUCGUGUAGUGGAAAAAGAGAAAUUACCUCACGUUUACGCUUCUACCACUACGGCGGGAGUUCAAAUCUCUAUGGGGGGACAAUUUUCAUUACCUGCAGGUACCACAAGAGAGCUCAAUGAUACAUAUGAAGAAGUUGUGGUACCUCCGAACAAACCCAUACCUCCCAGAGGAUCCGAGAGACCAGUCCGGAUUAACGAACUUCCCCCUUUGGCCAAAGGUUGUUUCCCGAGUUAUGUAUCACUGAAUAGAAUGCAGAGCAUAAUACAACCUACAGCUAUGAAUACCAAUGAAAAUUUGCUCAUUUGCGCUCCGACCGGUGCCGGUAAAACUGAUAUCGCCAUCAUGUCUAUCAUCCGUGUACUACAAUCACACCUACUUGAAACUCCUCAAGGGCGCCCUCACCCAUCCGGCUUCAAUCUGGAUUUGUCUGUAUUCAAGAUCAUCUACGUCGCCCCGAUGAAGGCUCUCGCUUCUGAAAUAACACGGAAAUUUGGCAAACGACUAGCAUGGUUAGGUGUGAAAGUUCGCGAGUUGACUGGAGAUAUGCAAAUGACGAGACAAGAGAUAGCGGAGACUCAGGUCAUAGUGACUACUCCAGAGAAAUGGGAUGUGGUCACGCGGAAACCGACAGGAGAGGGUGAACUGGCAAGUCGAGUGAAGCUUCUCAUCAUUGAUGAAGUCCACCUCUUGAAUGAAGAACGAGGUGCGGUCAUAGAGAGUAUCGUAGCUCGGACACUCCGACAAGUCGAAUCAAGCCAGUCGGUCAUACGUAUUGUCGGUCUCAGUGCGACUUUGCCCAACUAUAUUGAUGUUGGUGACUUUCUCAGGGUUAAUCGUUAUACUGGUCUUUUCUUCUUUGACGCUUCUUUUCGUCCUGUGCCCCUUGAGCAGCACUUCAUUGGCGUGACCGGAAAACCUAGAUCUCUGCAGUCAAUCAAGAACACCGAUCAGGUGGUGUUUGAUAAGGUCUCACAACUUGUGGAACACGGUCAUCAAGUCAUGGUCUUCGUUCAUGCUCGUAAAGAGACGGUUAAAGCAGCCGAAUCUUUACGCGAGAUGUCGAAAGAAGAAGCCAUGGUGUCAUUCUUUGAAUGCAUAGAUCAUCCGAAAUUUGAAUUCUACCGUCGAGAGAUCGCGACAUCGCGAAAUAAGGAGAUGAAAGAUCUCUUCAAUGCCGGCUUCGGUAUACAUCAUGCAGGAAUGUUGAGAUCGGAUAGGAAUAUGAUGGAACGUAUGUUCGAAGAUGGUGCUAUCAAGGUCCUUUGCUGUACAUCGACACUUGCUUGGGGAGUCAACUUACCGGCUCAUGCCGUCGUCAUCAAAGGCACUCAGGUAUACGAUAGUAGUAAAGGUUCGUUUGUCGAUCUCAGCGUGUUAGACGUUCUCCAGAUAUUCGGUCGAGCAGGUAGACCUGGGUAUGAGACAUCUGGGGUGGGGUAUAUCUGUACUACUCAGGACAAGCUGGAUCAUUAUCUUCGUAAUAUCAUGUCUCAGCUGCCUAUCGAGUCCAAAUUCAUCGGUGGUAUGGUGGAUUCACUCAAUGCGGAGAUAUCCCUUGGGACGAUCGCAAACGUGCAAGAAGCCAUUCAAUGGCUAGGCUACACCUAUCUUUUCGUUCGUAUGAAACGCGAGCCUUUCGUGUAUGGUAUGCCCCAUGAUGAAGGCAAAGAUGAUCCGCAACUGGGAAACAAGCGGAACGAGUUGAUCAUCCAAGCUGCUCGAAGAUUGUCCGAGGCACGGAUGAUCCGGUUUGAUGAAAUGGCUGGUGCUUUGGCUAUUACGGAUCUUGGUAGGAUAGCUGCCAAAUACUAUCUGAAGCAUUCCACGGUUGAAGUAUUCAAUGGUUUGUUCAAGCCUGAGAUGAAGAAUGCCGAUUUGUUUGACAUGCUGUGUCAAGCUACUGAAUUCGAUCAAAUACAAGUGCGAGAAAGUGAGCAAGAGGAGCUACAGGCAAUCGUGGAAAGUGCACAUCGAGUUUUGGAGGUUCGUGGUGGUCCUAGUGAUCGACAUGGAAAAGUUAACAUCCUACUACAAGCUCAUAUUUCACGAGUCUAUCUUGAAGACUUUGCCCUUGUCUCAGAUAGUGCAUACAUUGCUCAAAACGCCGCCCGUAUUAUCAGAGCCCUGAUCGAGUGGGCUUUCAGUCGUGAUUGGGCAAACAACGUUCACCACCUUAUAAACCUCAGCAAAUCUAUCGAAAAGCGUUCAUGGCCAUUCGCUCUCGUUCUCAAUCAAUUUCAACUGAAAGAUGAGACGUUGUAUCAUAUCAUCCAGUACGCCGAAGAUGUUCCCGUGGAAGAUCUCCGUUCCAUGUCUGCUAGAGAGAUUGGAGAUAUGAUCAAGUUGAACGAAGCCAACGGUCGAGCUGUCCUCGAUGCUGCUUGGGCUUUACCAACGGUUGAGACUUCUUACUCUCUUCGUCCUUUGGCACAUGAUUUACUGAAGAUACAAGUCAUCGUCCGACCUAACUUCAGAUGGAACGCUCGAUUAUCCGCUACUGCGGAACCGUUUUACGUAUGGAUCGAAGAUUCAACUGGACUUGAAAUGCUUCAAUGGCGCAGUAUCAAACUUCGACCUUCGACCACCUCAUUAGAGUUGGAAUUUAUCAUUCCAUUCACCGACGAUCUACCCGAAAGCAUAACUAUCGUGUCUACUUCAGACCGAUGGUUUGGUUCCGAUAGUCAAGUGGUUGUACCGCUUAUCGAUCUUGUCAUGCCCACCCCGGUCGAUGAACCCACCCCUGUUUUGGAUGUACCGUUCUUGCAAAUAUCAUGUUUGGAUGAUUACAACCUCGAACAUGCUUAUAGGUCGUAUAUGACGACCUUGACGAGUAUUCAAACACAGGCAUUUUGGAGUUUUUAUCAUACACAGAAGAAUGUGUUUUUAUCGGCACCAGUAGGCAGCGGGAAGUCAUUUUUGGGAGAAGUGGCGAUAUGGCAUGCUUUUAGACAUAAUCGCGAUGCUGUGGUACUCCUGAUUCUCCCUCAAAAGGAGGCGGUAAAGGAAGUGACAGCCAGACUUCGUAGACUUUGUCCCCGAGCCAAAGAUAUACAGGUAAACACGAUUCUUGGUCCUCAUGACGUCGACUCUUUCUCAACUUCCGAGCGCACGAUUGCUAUUGCUACACCUUCGGCACUCCUGGCGGCGGAACCGAAAGUGUUACAAAAGUCUCUCAUGAAAUUGUCCCUGACGGUUUUUGACGAUCUCCACCUUCUCAACCCUUCUUACGAACUUAUCAUCACCAAAAUACUCUCCCUCGCCAAACCAGCUCGUACUCGACUGAUCGGUCUCUCCUCUUCUCUAAUUGACCCUACGUCUUUAGCAGAUUGGUUGAGUGUCGACACUGCAUUUAGGUUCAAUUUUCUCCCCCGUGACCGUGGGAUAUCUCUUUCGGUCCAUACCAAGACUUUCACCAUCCCUCAUUCGACCACGUUACUCAAAACGAUGGUCAAACCGACAUACGAUAUCCUCAAAUCUUCACCUGGACAAGCUAUCAUCUUCAUCCCUUCCCGUCCCAUGUGUCGUGUCAUAGCGACGGAUCUAGUCAGACAAUCCGGUACAGAGAUGGAUCUCAACGGUUUUCUUUCCGUCCCUCGUGAAGCUGUCGAACCUUACGCUCAACGAAUACGAGACACCAAUCUGUACGAACCUCUUUUACAUGGGAUAGGAUAUGUCAUACCUGAUAUGUCAGGGAAAGACUUGGAAAUGGUUUUUGAACUUUUCGUCAGUGGAUUGAUCAAAGCUUUGUUGGUUCCACGUGAAAUGGCAUGGAAACUUCCUGUAAGAAGUACGGUUGUGAUCCUCCUCAGUGCUCAAUAUGUGGAAUACGACCGAAUUUCAAACGAACAAAGAGUGGUCAAUUAUUCUCCUGUGGAAUUGGUCAAAAUGCAAGGUCACGCGAUUCCUUCUCCUUUCCCUAUUGGGGGAGAAAGUAAAAUGUUCAUUAUGUGUCAACAAGAACAAUCUUUAUUUAUCAAUCGUAUCCUCUCUUCUGGUCUUCCACUAGAAUCAUUUAUUCCAUCUUUGUUAAAAGGUGAGCGAUCGGAAAGUGAAGAAACAGAAUUGAAGAAUUUACUCAAACCUCGUCCACCACCUUUGAGAGUUCAAGCGAAUUUAUCAAAGAGGAUAGAUUUAAGAAAAAGAGAUAUGAUGGAUUUAUUGGGUUGGACAUAUCUUGCUGAUAGGAUAAAAGCUAAUCCGAGUUAUUAUGAUGUGGGAAAUGGAGAACCAGAGAGGGUGGUGAGUGAUUGGAUUGAUAGAUGGUUUGUCAUCCGGAGAGCGAAAGGGGAAGAGGGGGAUGGGAUGACUAGUUCUGGAAGUGGAGGGAAGGGGAAGGGGAAAGGGAAUGGGAAGAUUAAUGGGGGUGAAGGGAAAGAGAAUGGGAUGACAAGUGAACAGACUUCGGAGGAAAUUGAUGAUGUAGAGGAUAGUGAGAUGGAUGUGACGGUGGAAGAUAGAGAUCAUGAUGAUAGUGGGAUUGGUACUUGAGCUUCUUAGUUCGAACGACCUGAGAUGUCAUACUUUCAAGCUCCCAUUACAUAUAGGGCUCGUAUUAUAUUCAGCAUGAUAAUAUAGCAUAAACAUCAUUCA